UAAGCUUUAGGCAGAAACUAUCGCAGGCGAUUCCCUCAAAUGGAAGUGACGUUGGAGAAGAAACUGCAAGGAUUUCAAUUGGUAGCGCAGGAAAAGUUGCAGGCCAUACUAUGUUCAAUACCGGGCAAAAAGGAGCUCAUCUUGGAGCCAGAACUGAUUAAGCCGCUGGAACAUGUGUGCACAGCCUCCUGGCUUAAGUUGAAAGGCAUCCAGCGCAUUUACAAGCAUGAUGCGAAACAACGUAUGCCUCGCGCCGCCGAUCUGGUUCAUAUUUACAUGAUACGAAGUCUACUUGGCCCAUAUCAAACGCUGCUGCGUCAGUUGCAGCCGGUGGCUACAAACGAGCCCAGUGAGUCAACGGACUUGGCAUUGCGUAUGUUUCAUAUUAUUUGUGUGCCCACCUGCUAUGCAUAUUUUCAUGCCCUGCUGGAACAGGCGGGAUUGUGGGGUGUAGUCCAGCUGCAUCAUUAUAACUGGGAUUUCAUAUACCUUGAUCAAGGUGUGCUCAGUCUGGAGCUACCUAAUCUCUACGAAGGUCUCUAUUUGCAAGGCAAUAGCUCUGUGCUGCCUGCUGUGGCAACGAGCCUUCGGCUGCUGCAAAUGAUUUGCGGAAAGCCUACUGUGACGAUCACAUUCGGCAACCACUCGGCGCAACUGCUGCAGUUAAUGAAGGCUCUCGGAAAGGUACCGCAGGCCCAAAAUCCACCAGACUUUGGUGCCUGGCUAAUUAUUGACAGAGAUAAGGACUAUACCUCGACAUUGCUAACACCUGCAAUUUAUGCCGGUCUUCUGUUGGAGGUGUUUCAGCUGCGCGCUGGCGAAAUUAUCAUAGACAACGCCAAUAACAAGAUACGCAAUCAAAAGGUGCAACUUCUCCAAGGCAAAACUGGACCUCCUCCAAACACAGGCAAGCCCAGUUGCAUACGCCUGAACUCUGAUUGUGAUGAGAUUUAUGGCGAUAAUCGUUAUAAACAUUUCGCGCAGGCAAGCAGCUUGGUACGCGCCCAGGUGAAAGCUUUGGGUUUGGAGCUGCAGAAACUUAACGACAUGCAGCUAGAGGAAAUGCAUGACUACGUGGCACGCAAGCUGCCCAAACUCACGGAACUGAAGGCUAAAGUGUUGCGACACCUAAAUGCUUCUGAGAUUGUCAUACAAAUGCUGGGCAAUUUUCGCCGGCUUCAAACUCUUGAAGAGGACAUCCUAAACAACGUAUCACGCAAGCGUUUACUCACCGAGAUCGAUGAGCUGCUGACCACGGACGGACAACGUUUUAAUACGCUACGCCUGCUCUGCUUGCUGCACUUGUGCGCAGGCGUUGCGCCCGAGGAACUGCAGAGCUUUGCCCGCAAUUAUUGCAACAUGUUUGGGCAUUGGGAGCUGUGCGUGUUUCAGCAGCUGGCACAGGCCGGCUUGUUGCCGGCGCUGGUUCCAGAGCGCAAAUCAUCUGCCAAGCUGUUGUCCAAUUUGCCGCUGCCCAAAUUCCAGCAAACCGAAUUUCAGGCCAAUGCUAAUCGCCUCAAGUUGUUGACAUCCUGCGCAGAUGUGGAGCAACCUGCUUGUGGCAGCUCUAGUGGCCAUCCUGCUAUAAAAUCUUGCCCCAGCUUUGUGUUCAAUGGUAUGUACAUACCGCUGGCGGCGCAGCUUUGCUCCAUACUUCUCAAUGUCAACAGCGCCGAGCAGUUGGCCGCCAAGUUGGCAAUGAUCGAGGGUCUGCAGCUGCAUGUGGGCGCAGAGACAAAUACGCCCAAAGCCUAUGCGGCGCAGUUGAAAAUGGCGUCAACAGAGACAGCCGACGUUUUUCCGCUGCGACUGCGCAACUUGUUUGUGUUUGUGGUGGGCGGCGCUAAUUAUGCUGAGAUUGCAGCCUGUGAUUUUGUGGCCAAAUUGACGGGUGCCCAAAUAACUGUUGCUUCAGAUACACUACUAGCGGGAAGCGAUCUUAUCGCUGCUGCCUUCAACAGCUGAGUAUACAUCAAUCAAAUUUGACAUGUUUAUAUUUUUGUAAUAAAACGUUAAUUUUAAAAUUGCAC